CUCCAGUUUGGUUUCACCACCAUCUUCGUAGCUGCGUUCCCAUUGGCUCCUCUCCUGGCUCUGCUCAACAACAUCAUCGAGAUACGUCUGGAUGCCUACAAGUUUGUCACUCAGUGGAGAAGGCCCAUGCCUGCCAGAGCCACAGACAUUGGUCAGUAGUGGUUUUUAAUGUCUGUGCUGUUUAUCACAGGUGAAGAAAACGUGAGUCGAACCAGCAGGUAGCCUAAUUUGAGGUGGGCCUGCAAUCAGAAGGUUGCUGGUUUGAGUCCCAAGUCGGAAAUGCCGUUUCCUACCGUUGUGCUCUUGAGUCCUUUUUCUGAGUUGGUUUCUCUGCUGACCAGCUGUUGUCCCCGUCUGACAGGCUGGUGUCCCUGGUUGUCCCUGUCUGACAGGCUGGUGUCCCUGUUGUCCCUGUCUGACAGGCUGGUGUCCCUGUUGUCCCUGUCUGACAGGCUGGUGUCCCUGUUGUCUAUGUCUGACAGGCUGUUGUCCCUGUCUGACAGGCUGGUGUCCCUGUUGUCCCUGUCUGACAGGCUGGUGUCCCUGUUGUCCCUGUCUGACAGGCUGUUGUCCCUGUUGUCCCUGUCUGACAGGCUGGUGUCCCUGUUGUCCCUGUCUGACAGGCUGGUGUCCCUGUUGUCCCUGUCUGACAGGCUGGUGUCCCUGUUGUCCCUGUCUGACAGGCUGGUGUCCCUGUUGUCCCUGUCUGACAGGCUGGUGUCCCUGGUUGUCCCUGUCUGACAGGCUGGUGUCCCUGUUGUCCUAUGUCUGACAGGCUGUUGUCCCUGUCUGACAGGCUGGUGUCCCUGUUGUCCCUGUCUGACAGGCUGGUGUCCCUGUUGUCCCUGUCUGACAGGCUGUUGUCCCUGUUGUCCCUGUCUGACAGGCUGGUGUCCCUGUUGUCCCUGUCUGACAGGCUGGUGUCCCUGUUGUCCCUGUCUGACAGGCUGGUGUCCCUGUUGUCCCUGUCUGACAGGCUGGUGUCCCUGUUGUCCCUGUCUGACAGGCUGGUGUCCCUGUUGUCCCUGUCUGACAGGCUGGUGUCCCUGUUGUCUAUGUACUGACAGCUGUUGUCCCCUGUCUGACAGGCUGGUGUCCCUGUUGUCCCUGUCUGACAGGCUGGUGUCCCUGUUGUCCCUGUCUGACAGGCUGUUGUCCCUGUUGUCCCUGUCUGACAGGCUGGUGUCCCUGUUGUCCCUGUCUGACAGGCUGUUGUCCCCGUCUGACAGGCUGGUGUCCCUGUUGUCCCUGUCUGACAGGCUGGUGUCCCUGUUGUCCCUGUCUGACAGGCUGGUGUCCCUGUUGUCCCUGUCUGACAGGCUGUUGUCCCUGGUGUCCCUGUCUGACAGGCUGUUGUCCCUGUUGUCCCUGUCUGACAGGCUGGUGUCCCUGUUGUCCCUGUCUGACAGGUAUCUGGCAUGGUAUCCUGGAGGGGAUCGGCGUGCUGGCUGUCAUCACCAACGCCUUCGUCAUCGCCAUCACCUCCGACUACAUCCCCCGCUUCGUCUACGCGUUCAGAUACGGACCCUGUGUGGACGAGGGAUACCGCCACGAGAAGUAGGUCCUCCUCUACUCCCGCUUUGGUCAUCAAUGUCUACUGUCUGAUUUAGCGGUGCAGAUUUAGCCAACCAUUCUAUUGGGCCACGUGUCCCAGUGUUCGUUUUCUUUACUUUACUUUAGGCUCAUUUGACAGGACGUUGAUCAACGUGCAUUUCUGUGAAUGUGCUAGAUUUAGACAACCGGCUAAUUUUCCAUUUGUAGUCCAUGGUUCUGAGCCCCCCAUCUCUCUCCAUGGCAGGUGUCUGCGAGGCUACAUGAACAGCAGCCUGUCGGUGUUUGACAUGGGCGUGCGCUGGAACGUGAGUGAGGAGCAGAGUAGAUACUGCAGGUACAGAGACUACAGAGCCUCUCCCUGGAGCCCAGUACCAUACGACUUCACUCUGCAGUUCUGGCACGUCCUGGCUGCAAGACUAGCCUUCAUCAUAGUCUUCGAGGUAGGUCAGCACGCCCACGCUCUGUCUGUCUGUCUGACACGUCCUGGCUGCCCACCUGGCCUUAAUCCUAGUCUUAUAAUAAUUAUUAAUUAUUAUAAUUAUUAUCUUCGAGGUACGUCAGAAAUCCCUCUCUCUCUCACUCUCUCCUAACUACACUGAUUAUACCUAUCUAGACCCUUCAGAUCAGCAAACAUCACAGGGUUAGGGCCAUCGUCUACUCUCUAUGUCUGAGAUCUGUCUCUCUCGCUAUAUACGCUACCGUUCGAAAGUUUGGGGUCACUUAGACAUGUCCUUGUUUUCGAAAGAAAAGCACAUUUUUUUGUCCAUAAAAAUAACAUCAAAUUGAUCAGAAAUACAGUGUAGACAUUGUUAAUGUUGUAAAUGGCUAUUGUAGUUGGAAACGGCUGAUUUUUAAUGGAAUAUCUACAUCGGCAUACAGAGGCCCAUUAUCAGCAACCAUCAGUCCUGUGUUCCAAUGGCACGUUGUGUUUGCUAAUCCAAGUUGAUCAUUUUAAAAGGCUAAUUGAUCAUUAGAAAACCAUUUUGCAAUUAUGUUAGCACAGCUGAAAACUGUUGUGCUGAUUAAAGAAGCAAUAAAACUGUCCUUCUUGAGACUAGUUGAGUAUCUGGAGCAUCAGCAAUUGUGUGUUCGAUUACAGGCUCAAAAUGGCCAGAAACAAAUAACUUUCUUCUGAAACUCGUCAGUCUAUUCUUGUUCUGAGAAAUGAAGGCUAUUCCAUGCGAGAAAUUGCCAAGAAACUGAAGAUCUCGUACAACGCUGUGUACUACUCCCUUCACAGAACAGCGCAAACUGGCUCUAACCAGAAUAGAAAGAGGAGUGGGAGGCCCCGGUGCACAACUAAGCAAGAGGACAAAUACAUUACUGUGUCUAGUUUGAGAAACAGACGCCUCACAGGUCCUCAACUGGCAGCUUCAUUAAAUAGUACCCACAAAACACCAGUCUCAACGUCAACAGUGAAGAGGCGACUUUGGGAUGCUGGCCUUCUAGACAGAGUUGCAAAGAAAAAGCCAUAUCUCAGACUGGCCAAUAAAAAGAAGGACAUUUCUAAGUGACCCCGAAACUUUUGAACGGUAGCGUAGAUCACUUGCCUCUCCUAUCCUCUCGCCUCAAUCUAGUUCUCAGUCUCAUACACUGAUUAGGUGUGUCAGACUUUAGGUAGCAUGAUGCAAUGACCUGCACAUACCUUCCCAUACUGCCGAGGAUUAGAGAGGUAAGGCCUGCAACCUGAGGUUCACCAGUCCUGUGGUCCUCUGGGGAUUCUAGAUAUCCUAGAUGCCCCCCCCCCCCCCCCCCCCCCCCCCCCGUAAAAACCCCUCAGGGAGUUUGUUUUGCCCCAUGUUGAAUUUCCGUGAUCUGAAAAUGACAAUGGACAACAAAGUCUUCCUCAUCCUCCGUUUCUCUCCUCAGCACCUGGUGUUUGGCUUCAAGUCGUUCAUCGCGUACCUGAUCCCAGACAUGCCCAAGAGUCUGUGUGACCGCAUGCGGAGGGAGAAGUACCUGAUGCAGGAGAUGAUGUACGAAGCAGAGCUGGAGCACCUGCAGAAGGAGAGAAAGAAGAAUGGCAGGAGAUAUCACCAC